AUGGCUUCCGUACCAGUGACCCCUCUCCUGCCCCCGGACCGCCGCCCCAUCGUCAUAUCAGGGCCCUCGGGCGUCGGCAAGGGCACGCUGUUCCGGCGGCUCUUCGAGUCGCAUCCGGACAGCUUCGCGCUGUCCGUCUCGCACACGACGCGGCCCCCCCGCGCCGGCGAGAACGACGGCCACGACUACUACUUCGUGUCGCACGACGCCUUCGACAAGCUCGCCGCCGCCGCCGGCUUCGUCGAGCACGCCGUCUUCGGCGGCAACCGCUACGGCACCUCCAAGCAGACCAUCGCCGACCAGUCGGCCAAGGGCCGCGUCGUCGUCCUCGACAUCGAGAUGGAGGGCGUCAAGCAGAUAAAAAAGAGCGGCAUCGACGCCCGCUUCGUCUUCAUCAAGCCGCCCAGCUUCGAGGAGCUCGAGCGCCGCCUCCGCGGCCGCGGCACCGAGGACGAGGCCUCCGUCGCCCGCCGCCUCGACCGCGCUCGCGACGAGCUCGCCUACGCCGAGACCCCCGGUGCCCACGACAUCAUCGUCGUCAACGACGACCUCGACGCCGCCUACCGGGAGUUCGAGGCUUUCGUCUACAAGCCCCGCCCGUGA